GGUUGAUCAUCAUGUGUUGUGUUUUCUUCCGGGUACACCCCAAACAGCAUGGAUGGAAUAGAUGUUUCUGUUUGGGCAGAGAUUGAAAAAGCCGAAAAAGAAAACCGACGUGAGUUGGUACUUCAGGGUGCGAACACUGACAAAAGGAUCCAGUCAAGCGGGGGUCUGAGCUCGAAGCUUUACUCGCUUACGCUGUUGAAUUACUUAGAAAUUAGCCAGUGUCCGAGUUUGACUGAGAUCAAUGAAGACAUCGGCAACUUGAUCCAUCUCCAAAGCCUUAUACUUUGCAGAAACAAGAUCACAUCCGUUCCCAAGUCCAUUGGAAAGCUGAAGUGUCUGAAAGUUUUGGAUGUGUCAGUGAACGAGUUGCAGGGCAUCCCUGAGGAGGUUUCACAGUUGAGCGAACUCAACACCCUCAAUGUGAGCUGCAACAGCAUCACAUCGUUGCCAAAUGGCCUGAGUCAGUGCGUCAAGCUCUCAACCAUCAACGUGUCCAAAAAUGGGCUCGCGGCGUUACCCGACGACCUGUUCUCAGAGAAGCUGGAGCUUCUCAGCACCAUCGUCGCAUCAGAGAAUGCGAUCGAAGAGUUGAGUACAGACAUCAGCAAUCUGUCUGCAAUUAAGGUUCUGGAUCUGUCCAGCAACAAGCUGUCGGAGCUGCCGUCCGAGCUCGGAGACUGCCCCAAGCUGAAGGAGAUCAACUUCAAGGGCAACAAGCUGAAGGACAAGCGUCUGGAGAAGAUGGUCAACGGGUGCCAGACCAAGUCCGUGCUGGACUACCUGCGUGCAGGGGGCCGGGGCAAGGGCAAGGGCAGGGGUCAGAGCGAGGCGGGCGAGAAGGGGGACGCAGCCGGCGGCGCGGCUCGCAACACCCCCAAAAAGAAGGGCGGGGCGAGGCAGAAGAACCGGAACCAGGACGACGACGUGGACGAGCUGGACAAGCUGGUCCUGAAGGUUCUGCACGUGUCCGACAGCGACAGCGCCACGUCCGUCACGGUGAAGGUGUCGGCGGAGGUGAAGGACGUGCGGCCGUAUAUCGUGUGCUGCAUCGUCAGGGGCAUGAACCUGCACUCCGGCAACUCACUGAAACGCUUCCUCGUGGCACAGACCAAACUUCAUGAUGACCUGUGCGCUAGACGCACGACUGCGACCAUCGCCACUCAUGACCUCAAACUGCUCAAGGCCCCGCUGCUUUACGACGCUCGGACUCCGGACACUCUGAAGAUUGCUCCUCUGGGUCGGAAGGAGAUGAAGGCUGUGGACCUGCUGAAGCAGCUGCAACAGGAAGCUGAUGAACAGAGGAAACAGAAGAAACGGCAGAACGUGUCCGGACUGCACAAGUAUCUUCAGCUGUUGGAUGGGAAGUCUCAUUACCCCUGUCUGGUGGAUGCCGAGGGUCACGUCAUCUCCUUCCCCCCGAUCACCAACAGCGACAAGACUAAGAUUCAGAAGAGCACACGGGAACUGUUUCUAGAGGUGACCAGCUCCAACUGCCUGCAGACCUGUAAGGAUGUGAUGGAUGCUCUCAUCACAAAAAUGGCGGAGCUGAAUAAAUUCACCUUCGACAACAAAGAGGCGGACGGUUCCGACGGGGAAGCGGAGUCAGAACCGGCCCCAGCGGAGGGCAACGGGCCAGCAGGGCCAGAGCUGACGGUUCUGCAGGUCCGGAUCGUGGACAUGGACGGGAAUCUAAAAGUGGUGUACCCCUCCAAAACGGACCUCACAGCAGAAGCCUGCAGCAACCUCAGGGUCAUUCGAUAGUCCAGUCAGCGCCUGGAAAUCCACCGCAUGAAGUCCGAACGGAAGCCGGCAAACUUAAAUGCUUAAGAGGGAAACUCUAAUGUGCAUCUCCUGUUCACACUGCCAAAUAUUUGCAUACUGGUUUUGCAGGGUUCUUUAUCUAAACUGUUCCUAGACAUACAUUUAAUACUUCACAGCACUUACUUGCAAUGGAGCUAAAUUAAUAACUUUCACACAGUUCAUAAAAUCAUCAUUUUGUUUUGUACUUUCUGUUGUGUAUCAUUUUGUUGUUGGCCUGUACUCCUGUACAAUGACUAGCAUGUGGUCGUAUGACACUUUAAUUUGCUCACGAUGAACUCACACGUGCAGAACUGUAAUGUAUUGCAUACCAGUGGAACACUGACUUUGGACUCUAAGUCUUAUCAGGUCGUACAUGCUCAAUAAACUUAUUGACACAGA